UUAUUGCAAUUAAACCAUUGCAGGCAAGCCAGCUCCACGUAAUGAUUUUUUUUCUCUCAUAGCAAAGCGUGCCUGCCCCCGGCCAAAAGGUGAGAGGGGACAGAGGUGAUGGUGGAGUCAGUGGAGAGUCUCCACUUCUGGUAGGGAGCGCUAAGAGUAAGCCUUGCCAGGUACCUGCAGGGUCUGUCUCAGCUGCUACAGCAUCCCUGCCUCCCUUGUGCCUCCAGUGCAGGCUCACAGCACUGUCUUGUGUCAACAACCCUCACCCUAACUGCAAGUGUUCAGGUCCCCGGGUCACCAGCCUGGGUUGGAAUGACACCUAUUGUCUCCACGACACAGAGCCCAGCUCCUGCCCAUAUCCCCAGGGGACCAGCAUCGAAGUGCACCUGUCAUCAGGAGAAAAUGUAAGGUGACAUGUUCCUCCUGACCUUCCCACUCAGGUUUUUCCCGUCUCUUAGAGGUUUGGGAGGUGAGUCAGGAGUUGUGGGGUGAGGAUGGAGCUGGGGAGAAAUUGGCUACUCAGGGAAAGGCAAACCAGUUCCAGGCGCAGGUGAAUCAUUUGCUGGUGAAAAUAGAUCUUAUUCUCUAGGAGGCGUGCGUGGACGGGGCUGGGAGUGAGCUGCAGCUUGACUCCACCAGGAAAUUGUGGAGUCAAGAGAAAAACAAGGGGCAAGGCAAGGCAAGGCUGCUUUCCCAGUAAACAAGGCGAUACAUCUCAGGGAAGCAGCCUGCAGCAGGCAAGGCUCCAGCGACUCGUGGCCCUGUGGCUCCCUUAAAAGGGGCGAUUUCAGCCUGAGAUGGUGGGGAGACAGAAGAGCCAUAAACACCCUCGAAGGAAUGUGGCUGCUGAGAAACGGAGCAUCUCCGCGGGGCACCUGGCCGGGCUGCUGGCAGCGGGACCCGCCUGCGCCGAUGCUUACCGGGGCCUCUCGGACUGCGUCCUCAAGCUGGGGGACAGCAUGGCCACCUACGAGGAGGAGGAGGGCAUCGAGCUGCAGGGGCUGCACCGAGUCUGCAGGUACUGGGAUGAAUUCCACACCUGUGCCCUGACAGCACUCUGGGAAUGCCAGAAGGAAGCAGCAGCUGUCUGGGAGAUGCUGAGAAGGGAGUCCCGAAAAAACAGAUUUCAAGGCAGCUUGUUCGACCUCUGCAGCCCCAGCAUGGCCCAAAGCUCUGCCUGGACCCACGUUCCCAACGUUUCCAUCCUCAGUAUCCCCCUCAUCGUCACUUGGGUGAACUUAUAAACUGCAGCUCUGUGAGUAUCCCAUCAAAAGCAGUGGCAGUUUGUGCCCUGGCAUCUUUCUGAUCCUUUUUCCAAACCUGAGGAAUAUCCUGUGCGGAGCUCAGAGACACUUGGCUCCAUCCUGUGCCUGUGGGACACGGGAGAGCUUGGUAGAAUCUCCUGGGUGUUCCUGUUGGUCUGUAAUUUGGAAUAAUGCCUGUUCACUUCUGCUUCAAGACACAGAGACAGAUCUGGCUGUCCAGAGAAUUUGGGAGCUUAUAGGUAUGGGGCAGAGGAUUUAGGGAAAAGUGAUAAAUUCUGGAAAAAUGGCAAAUGUUGGACUCUUCCCACUCUU